AUGUACACGGUGCCACUGCAAGAUCUCUUACAGAUGGAAGUGCUGGAGCCGCAUGAGAUGCUGAAGGCCAAGGGCAUCCUCAUUGAGUUUGACCACACCAGAGGGAAAGCCGCCUUCGUGUCCCACCAGUGGGUUGACUCAGCGCAUCCGGACCCAGACUUUCGGCAGUUCCGUGUAUUGCAAGAUGCUUUGCGACAUCUCCUUUUUUCCGAUGUGACGCACGUGCCGCUGGAUGCAACCACCGAGGGUGCAUGGGUAAACCUCAAACGCCUGUCGGUCACGGACUUCACCUCCAAGCCCCUGUCGUUCUGGUACGACUAUUUCUCGUGUCCGCAGUUGGAGAGCGCGGUUUCCGGCGAGCAGAGCAAUCUUGCCCAUGCCAUCAGCAGCAUCCCAGCCUAUGUGGCCAAGUGCAGUUUCUUCUUGGCCCUUUGCCCUGUCAUUGACAGUCCAUCUAUGGGCAAGGUCUUCUCAGCCGCGACGUGGAGCAAGAGGGGAUGGUGCCGUCUAGAAAGGAUCUGCCGGGAGUUGUCCGAAAAUGGAAGCUGGAUUCUGAUCCAGAGCAAGACGCGAUUACAGUUGCUGGGAACUCCGUUGGCCUUUCCCAGCGGAGGAUCUGUUGGGGAGGGCGAAUUUACAGUUGAGGGCGACCGUGCCAAACUCUUGCCUGUCUUGAGGCAGUUGCUGAUGCGUAAGGUACGCUUUUUUGCUAGAGCUCAAGAUUUGGUGGGGUACCGUCUGCUCCUGAACAUGUACAGCGUGCAUUUGAGAGGCUUGUCUGCCGAGCCCCAGCCAGAGCUGCUUGCAGACUUCGAGCCGGAUUCCAGGUGCACCUCGCUGCUUACGCACUUCCUCUAUGAGAACGGCUUCCAAAGCGUUCGAAGUGUCGACAUGGCGGGGUUCAGCCCUCUCCACUACGCUGCGGUGGGAGGCAACCCGGAGCUUGUCCGAGACUUGUUGAAGCAGCGAGCGGACAUCGACAGGAAAACCCGUCAGGCAAAUGCUGAAAUGGGGCUUUUGCAAUGGAUGUCAUCUCUCGAUCUCAGCAUCUUUUAUCACAACAACGAUGUGGUGCAGGUGCUGCUGAGUGCGAGGGCUCGCCACACCGGUGGACUCAUGCCUGCUAUCGUAUUGGCAGCAAUUCAACAAAAUGUGGAAGGACUCCGCAUGUUGUGUGAGCAGACAACCCACUCGCCGCUUACGAGAAACCUCUGGGGCUUCACAGCCUUUGAGUGUGCUUGCAUCUAUUCCAACGGGGAUCUUGCCACUGUGGCGGAAUGCGUGAGACAAGACAGGUUGGGAGACAAGAAACUUGGCCCGCUCGAGUUCUCGCGAGCCCUGGUGCUCUCCGCCGGUGUCGCUGUCGGUUGCACCCCCGCAGUGGUUCAGUAUUUGUUGGAGCCUUGGAGACCAAUUUACGCCACGAAGUCGAGUUCGAACUUCCAUGUAUGCGGGUUGUAA